AUGUCAUCAGUUCCCACAUUAGGCUACUAUAAGAUCCGAGCGAUCGCUCAACCGAUACGCCUAUUGUUGGCGUAUAAGGGCGUGAAGUUCACCGACAAAUACGAGAACAAACCCGGAGCUGUCGAGUACAACGAUUUUAAAUCAACUUGGUUUGGAAAAGUGAAAUUCACCCUGGGCCUCGACUUUCCCAACCUGCCAUACUACAUCGAUGGCGAUGUCAAACUGACCCAGAGUAACGCCAUUACUCGACACUUGGCCCGAAAGCACGGACUGGUGGCCACCGACGAGACCGGACUCAACAGACAGGAUGUGUUGGAGCAACAGUUGACGGACAUCAGGAACGGGUUUUUUGGCCAUCUUGGCUUUUUUGGCAAAGUCAAUGAUGCUGAUAGAGUUAAAUAUUUGGCCGAAACUCUGCCCCAACUGUUGGACGCGUUGUCCCGCUUUUUAGGUACCCGUCAGUGGUUUACCGGUAAUGAUAUUAAUUUUGUCGACUUUAUGGCGUAUGAGUACUUGGAUUGGUUCCGCCUCUACAGCCCCAGUACUGUCAAUAAGUACCAGAAUUUAGUUCAAUUGUUGACCCGUUUUGAGAGUUUGCCCACAAUUAAGGCAUACAUGAAAUCACCGGAGUUUAUAAGUUGGCCAAUAGUCUCGCCAACCGAUACGUGGGGUUUCACUAAAUAA